CUAAAGCAACACAGUCAGGCUAACGGUUGUUUGUUGUGUUAGCCUAAAACAUGACGUCGAGCCGAGUAGAUUAUACUGUAUAGCGACAGCCAUCCAGUUAAUGUCACAAACCGGUGCUGUGUCUGUGUGCUACUGCUACUGCCAGCGCUUGCUUACAGCCGUGUUUCUUUAGUUUUUAUCAAGCUGUCGGUGAUGUCAGACCGUUAUAUCGUCUCGCUGUUGAGUUCAGCUAACUUGACAAAUGGAUUCAGCUUGAACUAGUAUGGAUGUAGAUGACUGUAAUGGCAGAGUCUAUGUUUCAGGUAGUGGAGACUCAUCACUGGAACGAGAGUUUUCUGGGGCUCUAGGUGGUCCAACUGUAAGCACUCCAAACAGCAAGAACAACUCUCCAAGUCGCUCCCUAAGUGCAAACUCUAUUAAAGUAGAGCUGUACAGUGAUGAAGACCUAGGACGCAGUAAUGAAGACGAGAGAACCGAGCGCAUAGAUGACGGAGGAUCAGGGCAGGGAUCUGAGUCUGGCGGAGGUUACAGGGAAGUAAUCAACCCCGAAACGAUGCCAUCUGGAGCCACCAGACUCCCGAAUGGAAAGCUGAAGUGUGAUAUUUGUGGAAUGAUCUGCAUCGGGCCGAAUGUUCUGAUGGUCCACAAACGCAGCCAUACCGGGGAGCGACCAUUUCAGUGUAACCAGUGUGGCGCUUCGUUCACCCAAAAGGGUAAUCUGCUGCGGCACAUCAAACUGCACUCGGGGGAGAAGCCCUUCAAAUGUCCUUUUUGCAGCUACGCUUGUCGAAGAAGAGAUGCCCUUACUGGCCACUUACGCACUCAUGCAGUGACCUCUCCAACCAUAGGGAAGCCAUAUAAAUGCAGUUAUUGUGGCCGUAGUUACAAGCAACAGAGCACCCUGGAGGAACACCAGGAGCGCUGCCAUGGCUACCUGCAGAGUCUGGAGUCACAACCAGCAAACAGUGCGCAAAAUCUAGGAGUGGAGAUGAGAGAGCUAGAGUUUGUACCAGACUCUCUUCUGCAGCCCUCCUCAGACAAGAUGGCAUUUAUCGAUCGGCUCGCCAACAGCGUCACUAAACGCAAAAGAUCCACACCACAAAAAUUUGUAGGACAGAAGCACAUGCGCCUCACCAUUGCAGAUGGAUCUUAUGACCUGACAGCUGGUUUAGAUAAAGGCGAAGACAUGCAAGCUGGAGACCUGGAAGUCCCUCACUAUACCAGCCUCGGAGGAGAGUACACAGCAGGUAACGGAGGGGGACUAAUGGAUGCAAUUAGGCCUCUACACCUUCCUACCACUCAAACAUCCUUUUUAAAAGAACUCCGGCCGAGCCACAGCUCUCCUCGCACCUCAAUUGCUUUGGGCACAAGGUUGGAUUGCACUGGAGCCGGGCUUGGAACCGUAGUUGUCGGGGGGAGAGAGGCAGCCGAGGGUCAUGAGGACCUUCCAUCCGGGCAAAGUCACGCACCGUCACCUAGUAAUGGUUUCCAGGACUCCACAGACACAGAAAGCAUGCCGGAUGAGCCGGGUAACAGCACAGCCCCCGUUCCACCAUUACCCAGUAACAAUGGGCAUCAGCUCCUUCACUCCAGCAACCAUAUCACAAGACCUGCUCCACCCUCACACCACAGGAGUCUGGACAGACACAGUCCCAGCAGAGCCAAAGAUCGGGAGAUGGAAAGAGAAGAUGGAGGACACCGAGGCCUUCCCCCUCCCGCCUUGGCUCCUACUUCCAGUUCACCUACAGCACCUUCUUCUACUUCAAGGGAGGCUUUCCGGGUCGUUGACGCAGAAGGGCGGCCUGUGCGGUCGUUCCGCUGUGAGCAUUGCCGUGUGCUUUUCUUGGACCAUGUAAUGUUUACCAUCCACAUGGGCUGCCACGGUUUUCGUCAGCCUUUCGAGUGCAACAUCUGCGGCUAUCGGAGCCAGGACAGAUACGAAUUUUCCUCACACAUUGUUCGUGGAGAGCACAUUAUUGACUAAAGGUGAAGUCCAUCCAACCUCCUCUUCACAUAGAGCUUUCACACUUGAGCUUGAAGUGGUCACUGACAGCAAGAAGUUGGUCCUGAAUGUUUUAGAUACUGGCACAAAAAUGGUAAAAGGGGCUCUAGGUAUUUGGGCAACUAUAAUUGCAUUGUUAAUGAGGGUGUUCCAAAGUGUAGAAAGACAAAAUCCUCUUUUAUCCACAAAUGUGCCUUGCACCAAAUUUCAGGAUUCAAGCUGCAUGCACAAAUUUGUUGUAGACAAAUCAUUACCAGAAGUGACACAGGAAAGUCUGACAUCUGUAAUGACAAAUAUGCCUCAUUUAAAGUUUUUUUUGGAAAAAUGGGAAGUGCUUUAACAAUUCUCCAAUGUUUGAUUAAUCCUGUACAUUCAGUCGCUUCUUACAAACUAAUCAAGCUCAAUAACCAGGUCCAUAUCAACUACAGUGAAAUGAUAGAAGGGGUUGUACUUAAAUUAGAAAUGCACUUUGGUUUUUACAAGAGGUGAAAUGAAGAGAUCCAUGUUUGUAUGUAUUUGCGUGAGAAAGAAGUCGAGGGGCCGUUUGUUUUGUUGUGAAAGUGGAUAAUGAAGGCCCUUGUUUUUGUGUUGUUGUUGCAUUAUCAGUGUAUGAAUCUGUUUUUCUUCUGUUUUGUUUGCACUGAUACCUGCCAGAAAUCUGAUUAUAUUAAAUUAUUUUUUAGAAAUA